GUUAAACCCUGAGCUGAAUUCCGCGGUAAGGUCAGAGUCGGGGUCAGCGUCGGCAUGGGCGCAGCGUCGUUCAUACGGCCAGGAGCAAGCGCUUCGGGUGGAUAUUUACAGCGCAUAAUAACAACUGUCAUCAGAAGAGUUGUUUUAAGGGCAGCAGCACUAGCAGCAGCUAUCUACUGCGCUUGCAAACCAACUCCUUCGCCUUUUUGCGGACUGCACCUUGCCGAUGGAAUUCUGAGAUGGGCAAGCGACGGCGUGAGGACGCUGAGGCUGAAGAGCCUGCAGCUGAAGCCGCGGAGCCGCAGCCUGAGGAUGUGGCCGCCGAUACUGGCGGCGCGGCGCAGGACGCCGGCGCCUACGAGGGCGGCGAGGAGGGUGAGGGAGGCCGUUAUGGACGCCGCAAUCGGUCGCAAGUUAAUCCCGAGACAUUGACGUACCUGGAGGAGGUCGUCGGCCAUUUCCAAACCCUGGUCGACGAUGAGGAGCGAUCGCUGCUCGUCGGCAACGUGCUUGACGAGCUGGCAGGCAAGGAGGUCAAGGUCGGCAGCGACCCAGUGUGCAGCCGUCACGUGGAGACGCUUAUGGCUUCGGCACAAGCGGGGCAGCUGCUGCGCUUCCUGACCUCCGUGUCGGACGUCGACGGCCUGUUCACGCUUGUAAGCAACCCCUUCGGCUCCCACGUGGUCGAGAAGCUGCUGGUGCGAGUGGAGAGCCAGCUGGACGGCAUGAGCAGUGAGGAGUACGACGAGUUUGUGCGGGUGAUGACGCUGCUGGUCGACGCAAUCUGCCCGCAUCUGUACGACUACGCCACCGACCGCUUCGCCACGCACGUUGUGCGCCGCCUGCUGUGCCUGGCGGCGGGGCGCAACGUCCUGCCGCCCGCCGGCAAGCCCAAGGGCAAGCAGCAGCAGGACCAGUCGCUGCCGGGGCUGGAGAACAAGCGGCGCAAAGGCGAGGUGCUGGGCGGGCUCGCUGCCAAGCUGGGACCCGGCACCGGCGGCUCGGGCGGCGGCGGCGGCCACGGUGGGCAUGGCAGCAAGGCGGCGGCGAUGGCGGCGGAGCUGCUGGGGGCGGGUGCGGACGAGGCUCCACCGGCGCGGUUGCCGGAGCUGGUGUCCAAGCUGGUUGGCGCGGCCUGCAGCGACGACCUGGUGGGGGCGGCCAUGGGCGAGAUGGUGUACCACCCCUACGCCUGCCCGCUGCUGCAGGCGCUGCUGCGCGCGGCCGCAAGCGACCGCAAGCUGCUCCGCGGGCUGGUGCCUGUGCUGCUGGGCGCAACCGCCUUCAACGACAGCGCCAAGGGCGGCGCGGGGGCGGUGCUGGAGGGCUGCCGGGACGAGGAGGUGGCGGCGCUGUUUGUGGACCCCACCGCCUCACACCUGGUGGAGGCGCUGCUGCAGGUUCUGCCCAAGUCCAUGGCGGAGGAGUUCAUCAAGCGCUUCAUGACGCCGCGUCUUGCCGACCUGGCGCACCACCCCUCGGCUAAUUUCACGCUGCAGGCCGCGCUGGCGGCGGCGCCCAGCAAGGACAUGGCCAAGGCGUUGUAUGAGGGCCUGUCCGGCCUGCUGCCCGACCUGCUGCGCAAGCGCCGCAGCGGCGUGGUGGCGGCGCUGGCGGCCUGCCUGGGCCGGCACGGCGUGUGCCAGCGGGAGCUGUGCACGGCGCUGGGCUCGGCGCUGGCGGGGCUGCCGCAAUGGGCACACCUCAAGGGCGACGCCGCGCUGGCUCCCGCCUUGCUCUGCCUGGACUCGGUGGCGGUGGUGGGCGCCAACGAGCCCUUCGCCGGCGCGCUGGCGGCCGGCAGCGGCGGCGACAACCGCGCGCCGCGGCUUUCGGCAGUGGGCUGCAGCAUCCUGAUCCAGGUGCUGCGCUACGGCCAGGGCGCAUGCCGCGCCUUCACAGACAGCGUGGCGGGGCUGCAGCCGUACGACGCCGCCCGGGUGGGCGCCGACCCCAGCGGCAGCCGCGUGCUGGAGGCGCUGCUGGAGGGCAACGCGCCUGCCAAGGUUAAGGCGGGCCUGCUGGCGCGGCUGGCGGGCCACUGGGAGCUGGUGGCCAGCACCGGCUCGGGCAGCUUCCUGGUGGAGGCAGCCUACCGCUCCGCGGAUGUGGAUGUCAAGGAGGCCAUUGCGGGCCGGCUGGCGUCUGCCGCCAAGCAACUCGAGGGCACACACUGGGGGCCGCAGCUGAUGAGCAAGGUGGGCGCGAGUGCUUACGCACGCGACCCCGAGCAGUGGCGGCGGCACGCUGCCUCGGCUUCCAAGACCCUGGACGCCUUUGCAAAGAUGUUCGGUGACGGGCCUGCGGGUGGCGCCGGCAAGGGCGCGAAGGGCAAGGCCGAGCAGCACCAACACAAGGGCAGCUCGCAAAAGGGCGAGGAGGAGGCAGAGGAGGCGGCUGCGGCGGGCCCGUCAGGGAGAGACGCCGAGCUUGAAGCGGGGCUUGGGAAGAAGAAGAAGGACAAGAAGGAUAAAAAGAAGCGGAAAGGGGAGGAGGGGGACGGGCCUGACGGGCAAGCCGGCCGAAGCGGGCAAGGGGAUGCCGGCGCCGAGGAGGAGACGGCGGAGGUGGAGGAGCAGGAUGCGACGGCCAAUCAAGGGAAGAAGAAAAAGCGGAAGGCAAGGGAGGUGGAGGCUGCCGAAGAGGCGGGCGGUGCGGCGGAUGGCGGGACACAAGCUGCGGCCUCAGAGGUCAAGAGGGCAAAAAAGCAAAAGAAGAAGGACAAGCAGUAGCACUGCGGCGCUUUGCGGCAGGUUCACAUUGGUAUAUGGUAGCCUGCUGCUGAUGACAUGCCGCAAGUUUGAUCACUCAGUAAACAUACGUACGUAGGCAGGUUGUAGCACAUGACUAGCUGGUGCAGCGUAGAUUAGGCGUAGACCAGGUGUAGUGUUUUCGGGGCAGGUGGGCGUUUAUUGCCACAUGGUGGUGCUACUGCAACUGCAACAUGAUGUAGUGCAUGCCAUGACCUUACCAGUAUCGAGAAAUGCAGCAGGAUGUUGAGUGAGCCAGUGCCCUGGGGCGACGCAGGACGUUGUUAAAAUGCCACACGGCCCCACUGGUGCAGCAGCGCAUGGCCGCCUCCUACACCGUCACCGUCCACCUACGAUCGGAACACA